AUGGAAAACAAAUUGGCAAAAAGUAUGACAAAAAAUACGUCAAUAAAUACAGUAGAAAAUAAGUCAAAAAAUUCUGACACAUAUUAUAUAGAGAAGAAGAUGGAAAAUCCUGCUGAUACAAUGAAGGCUUACGCUGAGAUGAUAACUAAGAUGCAAGCUCAGACGGCUGCUAUGAUGGCAAAAGAUGAGGCUCGUGAUAAGGAGAUAGCGGAGUUGAAAAAGAAGGGUGAAGUUAGUGAGAAGAAGCUGAAGGCUCUUGAGAAGGAUAACAGAAAGCUUAAGAAGGAAGGUGAAUCUAAUAAGAAGAGUCUUGGUGUGCUUAGAAAUGAUAACAGGAAGCUAAAGAGAAAUAUUGCGGCAAUGAGAGUUGGUGAGGAAGGAAUUGAGAUCAUAGGUGAAACAACUACUCCAACAUUGCAUAAGACUAUAAACUAUGAAAAGACUGGUGAAAGUGAUGAGGGGACAAUUGAGAAGUUCACAUUGGGAAUAAGUAGACCUGACUUCGGUGGACAACUCGAUGUUAGUCGUAAGAUUGUUGGUGACAUACUCAAAUCUGUUCUUGACCGACCAGUAAAGUUUGUUGAGACUCUUGUGUUGAAAAUGGUAAAGGGUCUUCUUAGUAAGAAUGCUGCUGUUGAUCUUCCAAUGGAAAGUGAGACUAUAACCGUUAUGAAUGAAAGUGAAGUUGAAGAUGCGGUUAGACUUAGUGCUGCGAGAAUUAUAGCUAAGAUUGAAUCUUACCAGGAUCGUGGUAGCAAUUGGAGGGUGAUCUUGGUUGAGAAACAUGAAGUUGACGUUGUUCACUUCAAUCCAUUGGUCGGCAGUUCAUUUAUUGAGUUACCUGCUCCUCUGAAGUCUAAUAAGAAUGGGCUAAUUAACAUUGUGAACACUGAUGAUGAUGAGUGCUUUAGAUGGUGUCAUGUAAGACAUUUGAAGCCAAAGGAUAAGAGGGCAACUGAGAUUACUAGUUCCGAUAGAGAGUUUGCCAAGACACUCAACUACAACGGUAUUGGGUUUCCUGUGAGGAUAGAUGACAUUCCAAAGAUUGAGAAGGCAAAUGAGAUCAGAACUACCGUGAUUAUGUUGAAGGGAGAGAAGAUGUUCUUUCCAAGGUAUACAACAAAGUUUGACUAUAAGGAUUAUAUGGAGUUGCUGCUGAUGGAGGACAAUGAGGGAAAUACCCACUAUGUCCUUGUGAGGGAUAUUAGCAUGUUACUCAGUAGUCUAAAUAAGACUCAACAUAAGAGAUUCUACUGCCUUAGUUGCCUCAAUGGGUUCAACUUACAGGAACGAUGGAUAAACAUAGUGGGACAUGUAGAGAGGUGA